AGGAUCCAAACGUGUUCGAAUUCUGCUAUUAUGAUGCCAUAGGGAGCACUUCAUUGACAUCGUCGCAAAAAGUCCUGUCCUUAUCUAAGCGCCAUUACACACACGACCACUUAAACAUGCCUGCAGCAGAGCGAAAUUUUUCGGUUUUGAGACAUGGAAACGCUGUUUCCUUCACAAAAACUCUGAAUAAGGGUUGCCCUCCUGGAUCAUCAAUCGAGAUUAUAGCAAAAACACUGAAGAUAUGGAAGAGACAUAUCGCCGUGCGUCUCAUCGCAUUUGAUGACACUGCUUUGAUCCUCACGGUACCCAUAGGCAAGGAGGGGAAGGUCACCGCUUCAGCUCGAAUUGACGGCAAUUCCACUAGUGAACUUGAGAAACGUGCCUCUUUGCCGCGCGAUAAAAAGUUCAACCUUGAGCUGAAAUUUACUAAGUUUACCAUAGAGAUAAAUAUCAACAAAAUACUCCUUUUGGAGUUUAUACAUCGCGUAGAACCAGAGAGUAUCACUGAACUGCAUAUCGAUGGACCAUUAAAGCUGGAAGAAGUUGUACUCUCAUUUCCUCAAGAUGAGCGGAUUGGUGCCGCAGCUCCUCAGUCAGACUCUACAAGAGAAGUGGAAGGAACGCGUCGAUCGAGUCCUCCUCCUCUGACACCUGAGCCAGCCGCCGUACAAACCGGAUCAACAAUUUCUCCAACACCAGCGGAUCCUCCUCCAUCCUAUGAAGCAGACACAACUAGAAAUUCCUACAUAUCACCAAUGUAUCCGAUUGCUUUUUUCACACCAUUGGGGAUAAUGAUUCAGCAACCUUUGCUUGGAGAUCCGGCAAUAGCCGCUCUUUCAGAACAAGUCAAUCAGGCUAAUUUAUCCUACUCUACUCAGAAUAUAUUGACUAGCCAGGUCGAAGAAAGACGCAACAUCGGCCGUUGGGCAACCAGCACAACCAUUAUUCCCACUGAAACUGCAACUAAUCUGACCAAUUUGUUCAUAUCCAUGUACCAAGCCAUAGCAGUUACCCCAAAGAUAUCAACAGCGCGAUCUACGUGGCCGAAGACUUUCAACAUACGUACUCCUAUAGGUGAAGAGAAUCAAAUCGUUUCGGCGCUACAGAACAUUGAUCUCCAGGUGCAGGUUAUCAACAGAGAAGCACCGGCAUUGAUGAAUGUAUUAAAAAGGAUAUAUAGUGAGCAUGCAAAAGGGAAGCCGCCCUUGCUCAAAAGAAAUAGCAGUAGACCUGCGAGUACGACGAUGCGCCACUCUGUAAUGCGUAAUGUAGCCACUGCAGAAGAGGUUCAGGGUUGUGAUACGAGUCGCGGUUCGAGGGCAGUUUUUGAUUCAGUUUUGCCAGCGCGUCCUCCUUCGCCACCACCACGCUCGCGCUCGCUAAAUCCUCACAGAAUCGAAAAUUAUCCUAGGAGUAGCGCAGAUGGAAGCAACAGCAGCAUUUCACGCACAUCUUCGCACGAAAACAUUAUUCGUCGAGCAGCGACUAGUACGCCAGCGAGUGGAUUCAUCAUAGAAGAAAACCUCAGAGGUGCCUUGCCCAAUGAAGCUGUAAGAGUUGGCAAUGGAAACAGCAGCAGUGAUGUACCAAAUUACGCUCAUGAAGAUCUGAGUCGAUUUGAGACACCGAUUCUGACUGCCUCUUCGGCGGAUCAAAUCAACACAAAAGUUAUUAGAGAUCACUUGAGAACAUCGGAAAUGGAAAACUCACACUUAUAUGGAAAUGACCUGGUACAAGAAGCAUCGAGUGCCCAAGAACCUUCACAUCAAACAAUAUCUGCAAACGGACAGUUGAACGAAGGGCCAUCCUCCUUACAAAAUGACGGACAAUGGAUUUUGUUGGUUUGUGCUAAGGAAAACACUUGCCAAAGUGGUUCGUCUAGUAACACGCCAGAAAAUACGAGUUUGACGAAAAAUAAUAACGAUCUUACUCACAAGUUUGAUAAAGAGAGUGAAAGGUUGAAGGAUACUGCUAAUGUAGCUCAUGUUACAAACAGACACCACAGGAAAGACCCCGACUUGCAAAGCAAAGCAAGUGCUCUAAUGGAGGAUCUAAAGAAACGGAUGCCUGCUGCGCUAGGCGUUUCAGAAGUUACCGUCGCCAAUGUUCCAGUACAGCUAAGGUCUGUCACUUCGUCAGCGGAGUCAGGCUUAGUGCCAGUUAGAGAAUCACGUUUCGGCGAAGAGAUUGCAAUUGAGGUCGCGGAUAUACGGGGAAUGAUAUCCAAGCAAUUAUAACAAAGCUAGAAGUAAGGAACUGAUCGAUCUGCGUGACAGGUCUAAUAGCAUUCUAACAAGCGGAGGCAUACGGUAAUUACGCACUUUUUUAAAUUGCAUUUUUGUUACUUUCACGUCAGCAUCAAAGUUUUCAAUUGUAGUUUUAGUUUUUGGUUAACUUUCGGUACAAAUGUCACUGCUUGCUAUG